CUGCCUUCAGUACGAUGUGCAAUUCAAUAAAUGUACGUACAAACAGAGAGCAUUGAGAUCCAGGUGGGAAGCACAGGUGUACUGGCCAACAGCCAUUGAGAGGUGGAUAGAGCGAGUUUGGAUCCUACUUGAACGGACACUAACGCAUUACCAAUCACGAUUCCUAUAUUAAUUAUGUGCAAAAGAGAAUACUAGAGGGACUAAUCUCAUAGAAAUAAUCGAAUAAUAAACUUUGAUGACCAUUAUAUGUACAGGGUGCAAACCGUUUGUCUCAGUUGUGAGCUUACGAUGGUAAGGAAUUGUGAUCAGGCUCUGAAGGAAUAACGCCGGGAAUAUUUGUGCUCUGCCGAUUUGUUUUCUAAUUAUCUUGUCACAAUGGCCAACAGACGUGCUUCCACGGCGCUGGAGACAAUACAGAGGAGGAGUUCUGUGCAAACCCCGACCCUCCCCAGGAAACUCUCCCUGUUUAAUGACAACAAGUCAUCACAGGGGGAGCCCCGCGGGCGGAAAUUGUCCUUUGGGGAGAAGCAAGCCAAGAAAAGGUCCAGUUUAUCGAAAGUGCGGGAAAAGGACGGCGAAAAGGCGGAAAAUGACUCCAAGAAAAAGAUGGAAAAGGUGGAAGAGGUGGACCCACAGGAAGUGUUCAGACAACUCGUGUUGGACGCCAUUAAGACAGCGUUCGAGUUGGUCACAGUCAAUGGAGAAAUCAACAUUAACGUGGAUAACAUAUUCCCCCUGAUGAAGACCCUGCAGCUGAACCCUAACGAUGAGCCCAUCAUGGACAUGAUCCGCACGGCCUGCAUCGACACCUAUGGCAACAUUAACGAGCUGGAAUGGGACGAUAAGGUGAUAGAGCAACGACGACAGGCGGCCGGGGACGACUUCGAGGAGGACAUCAAGUCCGCCUUCAGCCUGAUCGACAAGGACGCUGAUGGCGUCAUCACGACGUCAGACAUCUAUGAGUUGAUGAUGGGGCUGGGGGAGAUGAUGACGGAUGAAGAGAUCGCGGAGUUCAUCAAGACGGCUGACCUCGAUAACGACGGGCAGAUCAACUACAGGGAUUUUCGAAUAUUUCUUCUGGGUGACACCGGUGAACCUUUCGAGGAACCAGUAAGAGAGGAGCCCAAACAGGAAACAAUCGCCGAGGGGGACGAAAAUAAGCAAGAAGGGGGCGAUGAAAAGAAAGAAGGGGAGGAAGAGAAAAAGGAGGAGGAGGUGAAAAAAGAGGAACCAAAGAAACCCGAAUUAUCUGCAGAAGAAAAGGCCAAACGAGAACGGAGGAAAGCUUUGAUGAUGGGGUACACAAUGAAAAUUCAAGCCGAGGAAAAGAAGAGACAAGAAGAGUUGCGAAUUCAGGAGGAAAAAAGAAAGGAAGAAGAGAGAAUAAAACAGGAGAAGGAAGAAGAAGAACGAAAGCGGGAAGAAGAAAAGAGGCAGGAAGAGGAAAAGAGAAAAGAAGAAGAGCGACGGAAAGUGGAGGAGGAGGAAAGACAGAGAAAGAAAGAAGAAAUGGAAAAGGAGAAUUUAGAAAUGGAACACAGAGGAAAACGUGAUUCUGGAAUCGGAAGUGAGAGUGAUUUAGACUUCAACAGGCCAGGUUCUGGGAUUAUCUCAGUGACGGUAAAACACACUGCAGCCGAGAACGGUGAAACGGAAGAUGUGUUCGAAUCUCAAUCAGCAUCCGGGUCGGCAAAGCGCCCAAGCUCUUCCCGCCCUAUGUCAGCAACUCCCAGCGUAAGUAUCGCAGAAGACGUCACUAUUAUUGAUGACGACUCCGAGCACGAGUUUGGGGAGGUUGCAGACGACUUUCAGCGGAUGAGGACGUCCUCAGCCAGAAGUCGCCUGUUGUCUGGAAAGAGUCGAGUGUCCUCAGGGUGCAGCAGACUGAGUAAAAUUCGGGAGAGCGGUGCCGGAAGUAGUAUAUCCGAACUGACUGAUUUAAAUUUGUCUAAAAAUAUGGAUAGCAUGGCUUUGUCAGAUGACGAAGAACCUAUCAAGAACAAUAAGUUCACGCACAGUUUGAGCGACAGACAAUCUUAUUAUAUUCAGAACUUUGACUCGCGUCACGGUUAUUGUGAAAUAGGGACAAACGACGACCAGGAAAAUGACGUUUCUGUGACGCAAUAUAGUAAGUACGAAACAGCUCCGCUAUUUGUGAAAUACAAUAACGGAUUCCCUGUGAGACAAUUACAACGCUGUAAGUCGGCAAGUAAAAUACAGACCAUCAAAAAACUAGAGCAGUGUAUACUAAGGCGACAAAAUACUGACUCAAACAUAAAUAUGGAGGCAAUACGACAGGCCAAUGAAACGUCUCGUCAUCCUGUUAUAAAAACAAACGCAAACGGUCUAGUGUGUUCUCAUAUAAACAUGAAACUUUUGGUGAAGCCGGACGAUAAGGAGGAUUUCUCCAGUUACAGCCGAACUUUGACCCGGAGGCCAAAAACCGCGCCCGUCCUGCGGAACUCGCGGCCCCGGAAUGAGGAACCGGAACUGGACGAAAACAAUAACAAAAUCGUCAACGUGGUGGACCUGUCUGAGUCACUGUACACAGAGAGCAUGGGGUAUCCCGAGACCCCCGACCUAUCCCUGAAACAUUCCGGAUAUAAGUCGGUUUGGCCACUGGCAAGGGUGAAAUCUGCGAGAAACAGUAAAAUUAACAACGGUAAAAAUAUUGAAUUAAACUCAAUAUCACGACGACUUGAACGGGUUGAAGUUCCUUUCACACGCCCAAAGUCGGCGUUUGAGUUUUCUUGUGGUCCAAAGCAUGAUUACAAUGGGCAGAGUUUCAGAAAGAAAAGCCAGCGCGCCAUUAUAACUCUAGAACUACCGUACUGCCAGCAAAAUAAUAUAAAGCGCAUGUCGCGACUGUCCAAAAUGGCGCAUAGUAAGCCCCAGCGGGCCUAAUCUAGUCAGUCUUAACAAAGUCAAGAUUUAUUUAUGCACUGUUAGAAAUCGGAUUAUAUUUUGUUACAAUAAAAUACUUAAAUACA